AUGGGAAACGAAAAACGGUGUCAGUUUUGGGAAGUGAUUGCUGGCGAGCAUGGGCUUACACCCACAGGAAUCUAUCAGGGAGAUUCUGAUUUACAAUUGGAAAGAAUCAAUGUUUAUUUUAAUGAAGGAACAGGAGGAAAGUAUGUACCAAGAGCCAUCUUGAGCGAUUUAGAAUCAGGAACGUUGGAUGCUAUCCGAGCAAGCCGUUAUGGACAAAUAUUUCGUCCUGAUAAUUUCAUUUUUGGCAGCGGUGGAGCCGGAAACAAUUGGGCAAAAGGUUACUAUUCAGAAGGUGCCGAAACAGUUGACUAUAUUCUGGAAGUUGUUCGUAGAGAAGUGGAAACAACUGAUUGUAUGCAGGGAUUUCAACUUUUACAAUCGAUUGGAGGCGGAUCAGGUUCAGGAUUAGGAAGUUUAUUAUUGAAUCGAUUAAGAGAAGAAUAUCCUGAUCGUAUGAUUAUCGGUUAUAUAUCUGAAUCAAUUGUCGAACCCUACAAUGCAUUAUUAGCAUCACAAUAUCAUAUUGACAAUACCGAUAUGUUAAUUUGUUUGGAUAAUGAAGCAUUAUAUGACAUUAGUAUUCGAGCAUUAAAAAUUGCAAAUCCAACGAUGGGAGAUUUAAACCAUCUUAUAGCGGGAACAAUUUCCGGUGUAACAACAUGUUUAAGAUUUCCAGGUCAAUUGAAUGCCGAUUUAAGAAAAUUGGCUGUAAAUAUGGUUCCAUUUCCACGUUUACAUUUUUUUAUUCCUGCUUUUGCCCCGUUAUCUAGUCGUCGUGGAAUAUCUUACCAAGCGUUAACUGUUAAUGAACUGAUUUAUCAAGUAUUUAAUCCAAGAAGUAUGAUGUGUGCGGUUGAUCCAAGACAUGGACGCUAUUUAACCGUAGCACUUGUAUUUCGUGGUCGAUUAUCAAUGAAAGAAAUUGAUGAACAAAUGGUAUUAGUACAAAAUAGAAAUAGUCAAUAUUUUGUUGAAUGGAUACCAAAUAAUGUUAAAACGGCUGUUUGUGAUAUACCACCCAGAGGUAAUAUUUGUAUUCCAAUUAUUCUAGCUAAUAACACUGUUAUUCAAGAAAUGUUUAAAAAGAUUUGUCAACAAUUUUGUACGAUGUAUCGUAGAAAAGCAUUCUUGCAUUGGUAUACUGCAGAAGGUAUGGACGAAGGUGAAUUUAGUGAUGCUGAAGCAAAUUUAAAUGAUAUUAUUUCCGAAUAUCAACAAAUUGCAGAAUAUGGACCGAACGAAGGUAAUAUCACUGGAGACAUUGGUGAUGGAAAGUGA